AUGUUGCCACUGCUGCUGCUGCCACUUCUGUGGGCUGGGUCUCUGGCGCAGGGGGCAGACUACACAAUGAACAUCAAAAGCCACGUGACAGUGCAGGAAGGGCUGUGUGUCAAGGUGCCCUGUAACUUCACCGUCCCCGAUGCCGUCGCAUCUUCAGAAGAGCUGGUUGGCUCCUGGUUUCAAAAGGGGAGUGACAACCUCACCUACCACCCCGUGGCCUCCAGCCACCCCACUCAGCAAGUGGAAGCAGGUGCCUGGAAUCACUUCCUGUUCUCUGGAAAUGUCUCAGCCAACAGCUGCACCCUCAUCAUCCGAAACGCCAGGAAAGAGGAUGAGGGCGAAUACUUUUUUAGUGUGUCAAAAGGCAGCGUGGUCUAUAACUAUAUGGAUAACUUGCUGUCUGUCUCUGUGACCGACAACACCGUGGUCCCCACUGUCUUGACCAUUGACUCCAUGGACCCUGGCCGCCACAUCAUCUGCUUAGUGCCCCAGAGCUGUGAAUGGGAAACCUCCCCAUUCUUCACGUGGUUGUCACCCGUCCUUUCCUCCCUGGGCCCCAGGACCACACACUCCUCCAUUCUUAAUUUCUUCCCAGAGAUCGAGGACAGAGGCACCAGACUCACCUGUCAGGUGUACUACUCCAUCCCAGGUGUGGUUCGGGAGAAAGUCAUCGUGAUCAACGUCACCUGCAAUCCAGAGAACCCGGAAUCAUGUGCAUCUUCAAAACAGACGAACACAGUCAAGUUCGGAUGGUUUGAUGGGGCCAUCGUGGGAACCUGUGUCACGGUCCUGCUUGGUGUAUUAGUCUACUUCCUUUUCUUCAUGUGA